AUGACUGCCGCGCAGGCAGCAGAAGCAGCACAUUGGUUUACCCCUUCGCCAGUUGCGAACCAUACAACUCCUGCAAAGGCAGCAGAAUCGGCACAACGGUUUACCCCUUUGACAAUUGCGAACGGUACAACUCCAGCAGAGGCAAUAAAACCAGGACAAUGGUCGUAUCCUUUGGUGGAUUCGACAGUUUGGUACGAUACACCUCCUGCAGAGGCAGCAGAAUCCGAGACGGGAUUGGUUCCAUUUUCGACCCUUGGCUUCUUCGUUGAUUCCGACCUGGACAAGGGUAUCUGUUCUACUUGGCUUACCAUUACCUCGGAGGGAGAAUAUAGGAAAAAAACAUGGUGCUAUGGUCGGGUUAAGAAGAAUAAACUGUCGGAACACGAGAAAGCAUGGCUCAAAGCGAUCCGUAAUUAUAGGCCACGCUUCGCUCGCUUCUUCGAAGAUCUUGGGUACGACCCUAAUUGGGAUAAAUGGGAGCCGGAGAGGGGAGGAGUCCAGGAUAGAGCACAUGCACGUACGCUAGUGAAAUGGUUUAGGGUGCACGCUCAUCCUCCGCUUGUUCACGGCGGAGAGAUCAUGGUCGAUCUCGAUGCAGACAUCGAAGACGAUUACGGUUUGGGGGAGGCAAAGGAGAGACUCAGGGCACUGAGGGCAGCAGGCCUGGAGCGGAGCGCUGAGGCGAGAGGAGAGAACAUUUUCAUUCAGAAUACGACAUUAUAUCUGAGAAAACUGAGGUCGGAGGGGGUCGAGCCCCACUUCAAAGAUAUCCCUGGCGCGCGUUGGUGGAACUACGAAGAGAUCUUCGGCGACUAUUGA